UUCAUUAAAAACAUUUAAUUUCUUCUUUUGUGCAAAAACCUUAAAAUGAUCGCGACUCUCUUCGUUGUCUUUGCUUUUGCUUCUUCGGCUCUUGGCGCUCUUCCAACUCAAAAUUUAUGUCCAGUUCCUCCAACUACUCCUGGUGCUGAUAUUGAUAAAAUUGCCGGUCUUUGGCAUGUAAUUUCUCCACCAACGUCAGAUCCACCGUCUACGUUUUAUUUCAUGCCUCGAAAGGAUGGAAACUUCAAUGUUACGAUUCCCGAAGAUUUACGUUACGGUGAAAAGGUUUAUUUAAAUUUGUUAGGCGAACGUUCUGAUAAUGAAAAUUUACUCAAUAUCUAUCCUGACAUGUCGAAAAAGUAUCCAUACCUAAUGUCAUUGAAUAUACUGGAUGUCGAUUACAUUCACUAUAUGGCUGGUUACAUGUGUUUUUAUCUUCCUACUCGCUCAUUCCCCAUUGGCCCUUUGGUUUUAUCCAGGUCUAACACCAUGAGUGCUGACAAGCUAGCCGAACUGACCGAUCUGAUUAAAAAUUACUUAGAGACAGCGUUGGUCCAAUAAUCCAUUGAGACUAAAUAUUGGCCAGUUUUCCAGUAACGAUAUUCAAACUUGAAUAAAAUUGAAUUUCCAUUGUAAUGGUUGAUAACAUUAAGCAACGAAAUUUACACCAGAGUGUCCAAACAUGUGGCUUCAUUUUGAUAUAAAAUUCAUUCAAAUGAAAUAAUGAUUUAAAUUACUAAAUUACAAUUCAAUCAAUACCUUUUUAAAGAACUUGCAAGUUCUAGAUAACAAUAACAAUUGAAUAUUAAAAUAUAUUAGCGAAUGCA